AUGAGUGCCGUGACAUGGCUCGCGAUUGCGGGAGGCGCGGUCGCCCCAGGCCUCAUGGCCUUCGGGCUGUUUGUCUGGGCGGACGCGUGGACCUACUCGCCGCUCGCGCUGAACGCCUUUAAGUGUGCCUUAGGGUCGUCGCUCUUCGGGCUUGUUGUGCUCAUAUUUUACCGAAGGCCGAUGCCGGAGCGCGUCGUGUUAUGGCUGGCGUUUUCCUCGCUCUUGGGAAUCGUGAUCGCAGAUACGCUCUGGCUCGCGGCGCUGCAGAUUCUCGGCGCGCGGCGCAUGAUCGCCAUUGAUGCUUUAAAACCUUUUGUGGCGGCCUUCAUGGGCUACUUUUUGUUAGGUGAUGCCGUGCCGUGGCUCGGGUACCUUGGUGUUGUCGUUUGUGCGCUGGGCGUGUAUUUGCUGAAUGUGGAGUCUGCCGAAAAGAAGGAGGCGGACGAAGACGCCGUGGAGGCCGACGACGUCGCCGUGGAAGAGGCGACGGAGCCCCCAUAUCUCAGAGGCUACGCCUACGCGACGGUCAACGUGGUCCUCGACGUCUACGCCGCCACGAUCACGGUCGCCGAGCGCGGGCCCCUGUCCUCUGCCGAGGUCAAUUUGUUGCGGUUCGGCCUAGCUGCGGUACUACUGAUCCUGGUCUGGGUUUUACGAGAGGGCCGCCGCAAGUCAGACGCGAAGCCGAUGGCGCGGCGCGACUGGCUGCGCGUGGCGUUGGGUGUGGUCUUCGUCACGUUCCUGACGCCGUUGAUUACGGUGUGGACGAUGUUUGUCCUUCCGCUUGCCGUGGCCGUGACUCUCUGGUCGCUGACACCGUUGUGGGCGCUGCCCGUUUCCGUGUACUUCGGGCAAAAGGUGUCGUCCCGGGCGGGCGCCGGCGCCCUGCUCGCAACGGGGGGUGUCGUGAUGCUCGCGGUCGCGGUGACGUGAGGGCGCGGCGUCGAUGGCGUGGAUGAUUCGGCACGGCCGUGUACUUUUGAUUUCCGCACGUGGUAUUUUGUGUUGUAUAAAUUUGGGGUAUUUGUAUUGUCCCGGAGGCCGCCGCCGGUCGCGCGCGGUCGCUACCGGCGCAGUACCGGUCCCGGACCGGUCCGACGCGUCGGGAAAGCCCCAGAGCGACGCGCGCGCGUCUCGCUUGAUUCUUUUUUUCCAUACCCUACUCCGCACUUACCUGUACUUCAGCAGGCCCGGCUAAAAAGGCAAUUAAAACGCGGCCGUGAAACUGAUCCCACGCGUAAAUAGCGAAGUGGAGGAAGCUCACAGACCUUCGAGGACGCCGCCUGAGUCGUUAAACGAGCGACGACGGCGGCGCUGGGCUGAUUGGGCUCAGGAACAACAGGAAUUGCUCAUUAGCUAAACGGCGGCGCGGAGACCGCCGGGCGCCACACGGGCCGCGCAGAAACACGGCGCGACGAUAACAGGCCUUGCGAGAUUAACAGGUAAUUCCACUCGCAAGUGCUGCCGUACCGUUAACGAUGCGGUCGAACCAACUCGCGCUCCUCCUCAUAACGGCGGCCGCGGAGCACCAUUGCCCCGCGCGCACGCCGGGCGACGACGUCGCUAAUGUUCAUAUCAACGGCGCGGCCGUGGGCUGCUACACGGGCCCGUGCGAAAGAUGUUUAGUUGGCGCCGAGUGCGCCACAGCGCCAAACCUCACGAUGACCUACUCGAGCGUCACGGCCGCGGCGGGCGGCGCCUUCAGCCCCUGGAAGAUGAUGAUCGAAGUCACGGCCGACGAGAUGCACGACCACCUCGGCCUCGCCACGAUGAUCGCUCCGUUCGUCGGCCGUGUCCAUUAACAACUUGUAGCAUGGGGCGCUGAUCUUGAUUUCCACAGGUCGCCGGACUGGUUCACGGGCGCUUCCUCGCUCGAGCUCUGCGACUACGAGACGGGCAUGUGGAAGGAGGAGGUCACCCACAUGGCCAUGGCCUACGACGCGGGCACCGACGCUGGCAUGACGUUCACCGCGGACGACAUGCCCGAGGACUCGGCCAAGCCCAUCUCAAUGAUCAUGUGCGGCGAUGCCGACGCCUUCUGCGACUCCGGCGACAUGAUGCCCGUCGCGACCAUCACGGUCACGAAGAUGAUGAUGUAGGCACCCCCCCCCAUCCCUGCCUAAGCUAGACGCCGUCGACGCGC